CGGCAAUUUCCGAUUGAUGCAAAUUGUGACAGGUGGCCACUUUAUUCCGGAAAAAAAUGAUAUUUCUGAGGAACUAAACAACUUGGCAUGUAGUUGAGGUACGAUGAUAGGGAAGAAGCGGUUCUGUUGGUGUUUCCGGGGCCACAAGGCUCCGGAGAUCACCUACAGUUUGGAGAAUGGCCUCACCCUCCAACCUGUUACACCGGAUAUACCAAUGCCAAGCGACCCAGAGGAAGUCAAUGCCAGAUUUGCAGAACUCGUGGAUGAGCUUGAUUUGGAUAAACCUCACCGAGAUGCUAUGUUCAGCCUUCCUCCGGAGAAGAAAUGGCAGAUAUACUGCAGCAAGAAAAAGGAACAAGAAGAUCCGAGUUCAGCCAGUUGGCCUGACUACUACAUUGAAAGGGUCAAGGCAAUGUCAAAUAUAUUCUUUUCAUAUGAUGAAGAAGAGAUUAGAAACAGAUUUAAGUUUAUGGAAGGAUUGAAGACUGCCCUCCGCACACAACCAAUGAGGUUUGUUACACGGUUUAUGGACUUGGAGGGUGUACAGUGCAUCUUGGACUUCCUGAAAAAUAUGGACAAUGAUACGAGUGCGGGUCCCAUCCAUACUGAAGCCAUAGGAUGUAUCAAGGCAUUGAUGAACAACUCGCAUGGUCGAGCCCACGUUCUUGCCCACCCUACCGGCAUAAACAUCAUAGCGCAGAGCCUCGCCUCAGAGAAUGUCCGAACACGGAUAGCCGUACUGGAAAUCCUUGGUGCCUCAUGUCUCGUGCCUGGCGGCCAUCGAAAAGUUCUCGAAGCGAUGGUCCAUUAUCAGAAAUACGCAGCAGAGCGCACAAGAUUCCAAGGCCUAAUCUACGACCUAGAUCGAACACUGCCAGAUUACCAGGAUGAAAUCAGUCUUAAAACAACAAUCAUGUCUUUCAUUAACGCUGCACUGAAAUACGGGCCAGGACAGGAUCACCUUGAGUUUCGAAUGCACCUGCGUUAUGAGUUCUUAAUGCUCGGCAUCAUGCCGAUACUUGAUAAACUGCGAGAGCACAACAAUGACACUUUAGGCAGACAUAUAGAUUUCUUUGAAAUGGUGAGAAAUGAAGAUGAAAAAGAACUAGCCAAAAGAUUUGACAUGAAUCACAUUGAUUCAAAGAGUGCCACUUCCAUGCUAGAUCUGCUCAAGAAGAGGCUAGGACACACGUUAGCAUAUCCCCACAUGCUGUCGAUUUUGUUUCACUUAUUACAACUACCAUCGAAUGGGGUAACUCCUCAAUAUUGGCAGCUAAUUGAUCGGAUAGUACAGCAGAUCUCGUUACAACAGAAAGAUGGGUCAAAUCCUGAUCAAGCACCCUUAGAAAUCAACUGUAAUAAAAUUGUUAAACAACUCGCCAGUGAGAAUGAAAUCAAGGCAGUUCAACAGAAGAUGCGUGAAAUCCAGAAAGAAAACGAUGAAAUCGCAGCCAAACUUGCCAAAAAGGAGAACGAAUGUGAGAUCAAAAAUGAGGAGAAGGAAGAACUCAUGGAAAUGGUCAAUAAACUCAAGUCAAAAUAUGAGCAAGAGUUGUGCAAUCAUUCCGAGACAAAGCGACAGUUGGCCGAGAUGUCACAGCGGCUUAAUGAGCUUACGAACAGGUUGGAAGCUGAACAAGUUGAACGGCAAAAGUUUGAACAUCUCGUUAAAACGGGCAGUCUACCAGAUGAUGCUAAAGUGGAUAUCAAGGCCGCAGCAUCAGCCUUUAGGUCAAAGUCUGCUGCUGUCAAACCAACCCCAGCUGCCAUUUCUGCCCCCAGACCACCACCACCACCGCCUGCGCCAAAUGCGCCAAAUGCACCACCUCCACCUGGUGCACCACCACCGCCAGGAAGUCGGGGCAUGAUGCCUGGUGUUGCCAAGAAAAGGAAAGACAUCCCUAACUCGGCCGUACCCCUCAAGUCCUUCAACUGGACUAAACUACCUGAUAUCAAAGUUACUGGUACUAUAUGGACAGACCUCAACGACGCACGCAUGUACAAAAUCCUUGACCUUGAUGAUUUCGAGAAGAAUUUUUCGGCAUACCAGCGCCACAGUUCAGAAGAUGACGUGGACGCCAAGUGCAAACCCAAGAGCAAGGAAUUGUCGGUCAUCGACGGCAGACGUGCACAGAACUGUACGAUCUUGCUCUCCAAGUUGAAGAUGUCGAAUGAUGAGAUCGCAAAGGCUGUCAUGUCCAUGGAUAGUCAGGAGGAGCUACCCAAGGAUAUGUGUGAACAGCUCCUGAAGUUCGUGCCUACACCAGAAGAGCGAUCAAUGUUAGUUGAACACGAACAUGAGAUUGACGAGAUGGCUAAGGCAGAUCGGUUCCUAUUUGAAAUGAGCAGAAUUGAACACUAUGAACAGAGAUUAAAGGCAUUGUACUACAAGAAGAAGUUCUCUGAGAGGAUGAGCGAAUGCAAACCAAAGGUGGAUGCUGUUCUGAAGGGUUCAACAGAAGUUGUAAGGAGCCGGAAGUUGAAGAAACUUCUUGAGAUCGUAUUGGCGUAUGGUAACUACAUGAAUCGUGGCCAGCGGGGUAACGCCAGUGGUUUCCGGUUGAACAGUUUGAACAAAAUCGUCGACACCAAAUCAUGUCAAGAUAGAAAGAUAACAUUCCUUCACUAUCUGUGUGAAGUGUUAAAGAAAAAGUUUCCUGAUGUAACCAAAAUAGAAGAUGACAUUCCAAGCAUCAGAGAGGCGGCCAAAGUUAGUCUGGCAGAUCUGGAUGUUGAAAUAACUGUGUUAAGAAAUGGACUCAAAGAAAUUGAAGCUGAGCUUGCAUUCCAUAGUACCAAACCGUUUGAUAGGCGGGACAAGUUUGUGUCGGUGAUGAAGAACUUCAAUACUGUAGCCUCAAUCAACUUAUCUGAGCUGGAAGAGGUCACAGCAGAAAUGAAAUCAAGGUUUGAGAAAGCUCUGAAACUUUUCGGUGAGGAGUCGGGCAAGAUGCAACCUGAUGAGUUCUUUGGGACAUUUGAGCAGUUCCUCACAUCGUAUGACGAUGCGAAGAGGGAGAAUGAACGGUUCAGGAGAGCCAGGGAGGAGGAAGAGAAGAGGUUGAAGAUUGAGCAACAGAUGAAGUCGGAGCGUGCUAGGAGGACGCUCGAAAAGCAGCGGUCGUUAGGUGGCAAUGGCAAGGGGUCGAGCAAUGGCUACCAGAACGGUCACGAUGCUGGUGAAUUUGACUCGUUAGUUACGGCACUCCGUUCGGGUGAUGUUUUCGGCGAGGAUAUGGCUAAAAUGAAGCGCAAUCGGCGGAGAGGUAGUGCACAGACGACCAUGGAACGAGAAAGAGUUGGCAACAUCAAGGCUCUGCGGAAACAUUCAGAACAGUUAGGCUGUUAGAGACAUUUUGUAUAAAGAGGAAUUACUGAGGUUAAUUCAAGUGUUUUUAUCUAGCGCUGUGUAAUUUUGUGUACAGUGUUGGUCUACAAAAUGAUGUAAAUCAGAUGCAUGUAUCAACUGUUUUGUUAGGGGUACAGUUUUGAGAUUGUUCUACAGUUAGGACGAUCAAAGGUCAAUACGGUUGAGAGCUGGGCUCUGUCUGGGAUGUUGCUUAAGGUCAUAUGUGAUCAACAAGCCACUCCUUUAGGAGUUGGAGUAGGCUUAUCUCCUGGACUAGUACCUCAGUCCAAUAUCAACAAGCCGUUCAGAACUUAAGGAUUGAGAGCUGAGCUCAUAGUCUGCUGGCCUACACAUUGUGGCAUAAAAUGCAAGAGAGCCAUAACCUUUGUGACGUCUGGUGGUGUUGCAAGUGGCCUGGCUCUGUUUAGCCUUAGAUUGACCCUCAGUGGUGUGAAAUUGUUGAAAUUCUCUUUAGAGAUUAACAAGUUAUGCUAACAUUGCCAAAGGUCUUAAACCCAACUCUGGUCUUGCAAACAAAAUAACAGUCUGACUCUAACAUGACAAUGUUAAUGAGUGAUGCUUGGCCUGCGAAGUAUAUUUUGCACUGUUCAUUUUGUCACAAAACAUUAAGCUUAAAGGUGCUGUGUGAUUACUUUGAAAGGUCACAUUAUGUUUAGCACUGCCAACAUAUUGAUGAAUAACAAUUAAAAGAAAUUUUGAGAUUAUGUAAAAACGAAGACUCUCUGUUCUUUCCAAUGAUUGCACCCCACUAAAUAUUCUCAUUGUACAUACUAUUUUCCAUUGGCUGUUCUGAUAAGAGUCGGCACCCCUAGGAGAAUGAAUCUCAGAUGUUUGUGUUCCUUUUUGGAGACAUGCUGUAGAAGUGAAUUAUUUACUGUAAAUAGUUAUAUUUAUUAUUUGUAAAUUAUUCUUGAUCUUGAAAAAGACUGGAGAUGAUUUUGUCGCUUGGAAAGAUUUGUUCCCACAUAGGACACUUAUUUGUGUUUUCAAAAAAGGAUUUGCUGGCCUGUCUGUCGUGAAUCAUGUCCAGUCAUUUUAGGGUCAAAUGGUUAUUUUCUAUGGUAUCGUACUUGUAAUUUAUUCUCUAGUCGUGUUGUGAGACAGCUGUCCCAUUCCAUAUAUAUACUACGUGUCCCGAAAAAAAAUCCACUUGAAAUUCAACAAAACUUGUUUGAACUAUUUCAUUUCACUGAUAAUGCAUUUAUCAUGAUUAAUUAAGAGAAGUCAUGCAUUGCUUUAACACUGCAAGUUUCUCUUGAAAAAGUAAUCUUAUUGGGUAGGGAGGGACCAAUCAAAUUGAAAAUGUGAUAUUUUUUUGGGACAUUCUGUAGACAUAUUGUACAGAUCUCACUGUUGUACCGGUGUUCUAUACACUCUUAUGAAUCUUUUUAUUCAUACUAUACAUCAGAAUAAGCAUUUAUAGCACGUUCUGUGCCACUAUUUUUUUUCUAGUUCUGUUUAGUGCUACUUACUCACUGUGUAAGUGUUUGUACAACUACAAUCAUUAUACCUACUAUGCUUUAUUUUCUGGCUGAAAAAAAUGACAAGAACACUGUAUACUGUGAAAUUUCGCAAACUAGUCUUAUAAAGCGGUCAAUUGGAAAAAGAGCAAUUUGGAAUGAAAAUCUUAAUGAUGUUCCAAACUUUGAAUCCUGGCACAGGGCAAAGUGGUAUCCCAUUGGCUUUAACAGAUACAUAUCUUGCUUUUCUAGUCAAUUUUUUGGUAAGAUGAUGUUUUUAUACUCAAUAGUUGAGUUGAGUGCUUGUGCCUAUUAGGCUGUGUAUCCAUAGACUGUUUGUUUGUGCAGUUUUUCCCUGUUAUGUAUUUGCUUAUGAACCUACAACGCACCACACCGACAAUGAACCUUAGUUUGUCCUAUUGAGUAACGCGAUAGGGGGUGGGAUCUUUCUUCUUGUGCAUGCUACAUGUGCCGUUUUGACUGGGAAUGUAUAGAAUGUACUCGCUUAUUCUUUGGCUAGGUCAUGAGGUCCACGAGAGAACAGUCUAUGGUUAGGCAGCCUUGGAGUCCGCUACUAGGUCAGUUAUAGGAAUUAAAGUAGACAACUUGGUUCAGCUUCAAGACAUAGCCUUAAAUCAGUUUUUCGCCUCAAAUUAUGUCUGAGGAUAAAAGGGUUAUAAAGGGAACCUUCCCUUGCAUGUAUGGCUGUUUUUGCAAAUUUUAAUCAUGAUUAUUAAUCAAUUAUAAACAUUGUGCUGUGACCUGUGCCGUGUUAGGCGCCAACAGAUGUGUCUUGUGCCUAGUCUGUCACAGUUCGUAUUAACACUGCUUUCAGUCGUGAAUUUGUGAGGCUUGGAUGAAGAAUAUUUACAACAUUUUGAAUAAUAUAUAUCAACUCAAUGUAUGAAUAUAUUUGUAAGAAAACUCCCAAAUUAGACUGGAAGUUGCAAGUUUUGAUUCAGUAUAGUCCCCUUUUAGUUUCAAGAUGUCAAAUUUAGUCUUUCUUUAUCAGAAGUGGGUUAUAAUUCGAUUCUCCUGUUCCUACUUUGUUCCUUGGUGGUUAUACAUUAGUGAGGAACUUAAUCACCAUUAGGUGGCAGUAGUUAGGAAUUCAUUACACAAUAGAUUGUAAGCCCAUGUCAAUUUGAUGGGCUGGAGGUUCCGUAUUUUAUUGGACCCGUAACUACUGCUGCCACCUUUUAGCUAUGAUGUCUCUCAUUAUCACUCUGUUACAGCCAGCAGUAAUUUACAGAGCCUUAUUCCUUGAAGCAAGCACCAGAUGGUUGGAUUACAUUCCAGGUAUCCGAACAACACUUGAUGUGAAGUGUAUAAAUGCCAACGUUUUCUGAAUACUAUAUCUUAUCAUUGAUCAUAUCCGUUAUCUCAGCCAGUUCAUGUAUCACAUGUAUAAUGAAGCCCCCUUUUUUACACCAAUAGUCCAUACAUUUCUGUCUACAUUAGGCACUAUCAUAGAAUCUCAAAUUCUUUACUUGGGUGGUCAGUAUCUGGUGAAGGCAUUUCAUUAUUUUGUACGAUUUUCUGUGUAUUUAUCUCUACUAAUUUCCAUAUCAUUGAUUUUUUUUUAAUCACACACCAGCUUUUUGUUAAUUUCUAUUUAUUUUGUUAUUAUUUAAAACUCACUAGAUUGUUAUGGUAAACAUCUUCUGCCAACCAGUGGUUGAAAAGUCAUGCUGGGUUUGUCUGUUUUCAUAUUGAAACAAGGAGGCAAAUGUUAAAAAUGUCAGACUAAAUGAGAAUAACCAAUAAAAAAUGUAUGGGUUUCUCCUCAAAUAUCUGAUUUGGUAACUUGACCCUAGAAAGCAUAAGAGUUUGGUUCAAAAAUACAAUAAAUAAGUAUUUUCCAUUUGAGAAAAAAGUUUGAAAUCAAAGUAAUUUGAUACUUUAGCCAACUAAACCAAGGCUGAUUGAGCUAUCAGCUUCAGAUUUUCUUGGCUUAUAAAGCUUUAUCAGUUCGUCAUGAUAGCUUUGCUAAUGCUAAUCCAAAAUUUCUGAUUUGGCAUUGAUUGGAACCAAGCAUCAUAUUCUGUUGUUAUGAUUUACGCAUUGUGAAUGUAAGGGUUAACUUUAAUACUGCCGUUCAGUAGAUCUGAAUCCGAUCGGUGUUAGGACUCCUAGUGAAUAUGAAAUAGUAUGUGUUGAUUCAAGAUAUUAUUGAGAUUCCAGAA